UCCGGAUCGGCCGCCGCCGCCAUGGUUCGCUUCAAGAACAGGUACGUGCUGUGUGAGGUGGUCUCGGAGGACCCGCGGUGCCGGCAGUGCAUCGAGGACCGCGCGGUGGGCCUGGCCGUCAGGGACGCCAUCGGGCGGGUGCACGGGGACUACGGCCUGGCUUGCUGCUCCAUCUCCCUCACAGUGAAGUACCUGAACGCCUACACCGGGACCGUGCUCCUGCGGUGCCGUAAGGACUUCUACCGGCUGCUCUGCUCCGCGCUCCCCUUCGUCCGGCAGCUGGAGAGCCGGAACCAGCGCUACCCCUGCGCCCUCCGCACCCUGCACGUUGGAGGUACUAUAAGAACAUGUCAGAAAUUUCUGAUUCAGUACAAUAGAACACAGCUGCUGAUGUUGUUGCAGAACUGUACAAAUGAAGAGGAAAGACGGUGUAUACAGAAGUCCUUGUUAAGCUGUUCCCUUACAGAAGAGCAGUCUCACAGUGGAGAUGAGGAAGAUGAUGAUGGCAUAGAGACAGACUGAACAUUACUAAUUACUGUUCACCUCUGUCCUGUAAUUGUGUAAUCAAGAUGUUACCAGUGAUCUUCAGUGUUGAGCAAAGCAGGGGACAGAAAAAGCAUCUGUUCAUAUUUAGAUUUCAUUCCUCCAUUCCAAAUAUCCUUAAAUAAAUUGUUGGGUUUUUUUACAGUUAAA